GGGCUGAGAAGCACCUUGUGACACAUGGGGACAAGGCAGGGCAGCGGUGACAGACCUGAAGGGAGGCCAUGCUGGACCUCAUCAUCCUCAGCCUUCAUUUCUUCAUCUGCUUUCUCAUCUCCAUUGCAAUCUGGUAUGGACCAAAGGAUGUGGAUUCACACAGCUCAAGCACAGGAGGAACUGAAAUGCAGCCAGAUGGUCUUGUAUUCAUUGGCAAAGAAGAUGACAUAAAGAAGUCCCAAAGAAUAACAGCCAAAAUCGAUGGCAGAGAAAUUGUUGUUUUCUACCAUGAGGGGAAAUUUCAUGCUCUGGAUUCUCGCUGCUACCAUGAAGGAGGCCCUUUAUGUCGUGGAGAAAUAGAGGAUAUCGAUGGACAAGCGUGUAUUGUUUGUCCUUGGCAUAAUUUUAAAAUUACCUUGGAAACAGGAGAAGGACUGUACGAAGGAAUAAAUCCUCAGGAGCCAUCACCAACACCAAAGUGGCAAUCAAAAGGAGUCAAACAAAGGAUUCAUAAGGUCACAAUAGACAAUGGAAAUGUUUAUGUGAGCCCUCCAGACUUGUCUGUGAGCUUUGACUCUGAUUAUUUUGCUGAAAAGUACAAACAAGGUGGUGAAUUAGCUAUGGGAAAACAAAGCCACUCAGAAGCCAUGGAGUAGGUCAUGGCCAGAUGGCGGAAUCCUGGGGAAUGCACAAAUGAAGAAUCUGUGGUGGGAAAUAAAAAUGUACUGUGCCAUGAAGAUUGUCUCCAAAUUAAAUUCUAAUAUUUUUAUGUUAAAAGCAUUGAAAUACAUAGAAAUGAGUAGGAUAAGAAGCUCUGCAUUGUCAGAAAUGUGAUAAUUUUGUGCUGAGGAUAUUUUUUGCAUUUCAAAAAAGAAUUACAGGAGAGUGCCUCACAAUAUUUGAUAUUUUGCUAGAACUAUUUUAAUUUUUAAGAGGGGAUAUAGUAUACUAUGGCUUAUAAAACUUACUACAUAAUUAAAAGUAGAUAGUCAGGUGUAAAGGUUAUCUUUAUAUACUUAACAGUUUAUACUUCUAAUGCCUGUGGUAAAAAUGACACGGAAACUUUUAACUUUUGAGACAUUUGUGUGAUCUCUAGCUAUUUAUUAAAUGCCACAAAGGGAAGCAUAGAAUUUCAGAAUUUUUUAGUGCACUCUUUUAUGCCUAUUUGUGCAUUACUACCUUGAGUAUAUAGAUGCAUUUCUUUUCCUUCUCACUGAAUUCCUCUUGUUACUUCAUCAAAUAAUGCAGCAAGGAUUUA